UGAGCGAGAUGUGUAUUUGCUGGUGAUUGGCUCCUAAGAUCAUUUUAUGUUUCUCCCUCUCGCGCGACCUGUAGCGCGUCCGCUCGCCUUCCUCCGACUUUCCACGCGAGCGCCCAACGCAGUGCGUGGAUAUGCAUCUACGCCUACCAUAGACAAGGACAUUCGGAACUUGCUUGAGGCGGAGAAACUGAGUCGCAAUGACCCAGAUUUCAAUAGUGAAGCGGAUAGCUUUCUGAACUCCCCACCUCCGCCCGUUCCGGGAGAGUCCAAUCUCGAUAGGGACGGCAACCGAAUUCAUCGAGCAUCCGUGCUAGAUCCACCAAAGGUUGCCAGGUCUUCGAAAGAGCUCUUUGGUACCCAACAACGCGCAACGCUACAGACUCUGCCCAAUGGCUUCAACACUAGGUCAUUGCCUCUUCGAGGACCGUUACCUGAAGAUUGUUCAGAAAUUCAAUUCGCCUCGACUGUCGUACACGGACGCUCCAUCCAUAGACCCUUCCGUCACCCUCGUACUCACGGCCUUCCUGCUGCACAAAUUCAAUUCCGGUCGCACGACCCGUUGAUGAUGUCGCUCUUUGUCCACUUUGCAACGCAUGCGGCCUACUCUCUUGGCAUUCCUUGUUCGCGGAUGUACUCCCUUCCGACGCAACGCACGCUCUGGACUGUGCCUCGUGGUCCUUUCGUGCACAAGAAGUCGCAGGAGAAUUUUGAGCGUAAAGUUCAUCGGCGCGGAAUCUCAGCUUGGGACGCAGAUCCCCAUGUUGUCGACCUGUGGUUCAAAUACCUUCGAAGACAUGCAAUGGGUGGUGUUGGCAUGCGAUGUGUCAAGUGGGAACGGUUACCGAUGGGUGUGGGCAAGAAAAUGCUGGCCCAGGUCGAGCAUGGCUUGAACAACUCCGACGCUAAAACAUCCAAGAGCCGCAUACAGAGCAUGGGUGACAAGAUUGUGGCUCGGGAGAUGGGUGUCGCACGCAAAUCCUCAGACAACGUGAAGACGGUAGAGCACAAUUGA